AUGAGCGACCCUUGGACCGCGGACAAAGCCAUGGAAGUGCACACAGAUGGAAACUCUCUAUUGAAAGCUGUCUACCUGAGCAGACUGCGCCUCACCCGGCUGUUACUGGAGGGUGGGGCUUAUGUUAACGAAAGCAACGAACGAGGCGAAACUCCACUCAUGAUCGCCUGCAGAACCAAACACGUCGACCAGCAGAGCGUCAGCAAAGCAAAGAUGGUGAAAUAUCUUCUGGAAAAUCAUGCUGAUCCCAACAUCCAAGACAAGUCGGGAAAGACGGCCUUAAUGCACGCAUGCCUGGAGCGGGCUGGCGUUGAGAUUGUCACCUUACUGCUGAGAGGCGGGGCGGACCCCAGUCUGGUAGAUCACUCCGGCAGCUCCGCCCUGGUCUACGCCAUAAAUGCCGACGAUAAGGACACCCUUAAAGUCCUGUUGGAUACCUGCAAGGCAAGAGGAAAGGAAGUAAUUAUCAUUACCAAGGAUAAGUCACCCUCUGGGAGGCAGACGACCAGGCAAUAUCUAAAUGUAGUUCCUCCUAAAGAUGAUGAUGAUCACACUUCACCAGGCCCUUGCACCUCACCCUCAGAAAUUGAGCUGAAAACGACGCCACCUCGCCCCGCACACAAUGCAGUUGAAGAUCAGCACAUUUUCUCCUUCAAAGACUCAGUACACGUCGGCAAUGACAAAGGCUCGUUGGAGCCAGCUUCUCCCACAAGGAGCUUAUGCCAGCCGCCGCCGGGAGCCAGGCUGCCGCAGCUGCAAAGGCUGCACUCUGAGCCGUGGCUGACCAUGUCCACAUCGCUCCUGUCUCAGCAUAAAACAUCCUCCUUCCCGGAAGAUGUGCGUAGCCUGACUGUGGAAGAAGCCCUUUCUCUUAAAAUCAACGGCCUGAAUUUACCCAAGAGACUCUUCACCAGGCACCAAAGUAUCGAGAUGAAGGACCCAGCAGCUUUGUUAAGGUCCUUAGGUCAGGCUUCGGCUCUCGCAGCACCAAGGAAGUUCUCCUGUGGAGAAAUCCACUCGCAAUCUCUUCCCUCCGGCCUGUGCCAUAAUCCCGCCGUUCCUGUGGACACAGAUCCAGAUUCAAUACCCUCAAUUUCUGUUUCUAGUUUACGAAACAUUGUAGAGAGAAGAAACCUGGGCAUUGAUCAUUACAAUUCCGACUCACAACUCACAAUCUGUUUAAAGCAAAUGCCGGCUGACGAAGGCAAACCAGUUCCGGAGAGGAAGAAGAUAUUCUCUUCGCCUUUAUCUGCAGUCACGAGUUCCCGAAGUUCCCUAGACAAUUUGCGAAUUAGUUCUCUGGGCACUGCGGGCAAGAGACACGCUGGCAUUCUGGAGAGGAGAGGCUCGGGGACGUUGCUUUUAGACCAUGUUUCACAAACAAGGCCAGGCUACCUCCCGCCCUUGAAGAUUAAUUCCCAGCGUCCGGUUCCCGAUAUUGGAACCAGUAACAAAAGCGCGGUGGCAGUAUCCAAUGCUGCAAAGCCUCGGAUACCAGCUGCUCCGAACAGUCAAAAAGCAACAAGCAUCAAAAGCAAGAAGGUCCUACUGAGGAGACACUCGGCCCAGGUAGAGCAAAUAAAGCAGCUGGCCAACUUUGAGGAAAUCUUUGGGCAGUGA